AGAUUCGGAGCAGCCACUGGAUUGGUCAGUCGUGGUGCCGGAUGGGGAAGUGACAGACUCAGAUGAGGUGCCCUUGAUAUUCAGUAGAAGAGAGGGCCUCUCUGAAACAGUCCUGCAUGCCGAUCUGCGAGGAGAGAGAUGGGUUCGUUCGCCUCUUUUUGGGUUGUUCUACUGCUGGUUGCAGGUGAGUCUGUGAGCAGUGAUGAUGAUGAAGAGAAGUUCACUGUAACAGACGGGACCUUCACACAGUGUCCCAAUAAAAAAAUCAAAAACCUGUCCCGCUGGCUGUCACAGAGGAGUGAUGUCAAUGUGUCUCUGUGGCUGCUGAAUUAUACAGAGCUGGAGAGGAAUGUCUGGUGUAAAGAGAAGAAGGAUGCUGAGUGCAGAGGUGUGUCCCACUCAAUCACACUGGGAGAAGUUGUUUCUUCCCUGAAGGAUAAAAAAUACAAGUGUGUGGUGCUGAAGAACAAGAAAGGAGAAUACAAGCAAGGGUUCACUUUGAUUGCUCUGAGAGGUGCAGCCUCUCACAGUAACCCCGCUCCUGAAGGCAGCUCCCUGUCUCUCACCUGCGAGGGCUGGGGUCUCCCUGAGGUUCAGAAGUGGGAAUGGACAAAUAACAGUGUAAUCAUAUCAGGCACAAGUAAAUACAUGAACAACGCAAACCUAAACAAAUUAACUAUCAGAAGUCUGGAGAAGAAGAGUGAUGGAGGAACAUAUAAAUGUAAACCAGUGUUUCAGCAGACUGAAAUAAAGCACAGUGUAUUUCUUAACCACAACGUGACGAUUUCAGGUUCAGCUUCCACCGGACCAACUGUGUCUACACUUACUGCAGGUUCAUCCACCAGCAUAACAAAGAAUACAACAGCAGGAGGACGUAACAAAACACAAUCUUCUACAACGUGCUGUUAUUCAGAUCCCAGCGGAUCCCCUGUGCCUCCAUCUACUCCAGAUCCAUAUAGUGACGCCGUGGUCAGAAUCGUGGUCCCUGUUGUUUUGAUCAUUCUAGUCCUGCUGGGGAUUGGAGCUUUCUGUCUGAUCAAGAGGAAACGAAGCCAGGCACAGGAUGUGAACUCGAUCAUAGCAAAUCCAAUGGAUGGCGAUGGUGAUGAUCCAGAAGUAAACUACACCACAGUGAACCUCAACAAACUGCCUUCUUCAGACAGGCAGCCUGGCCCAGUCACAGAGCAGACUCUGUAUUCUCAGAUCAAAGUCAACUAGCCCUCAGAGGAACAAGCGACCUGUGCUUUAUUACACUGUGCUGAGCUUUUUACUGUGGGAAACUUUUAUAAGGGUCUAUGCUUUACCAGACCUCUCUAUGCUUUACAAUGCUUCCCUAUGCUUUACCACACCUCUCUGUGCUUUACAAUGCUUCCCUAUGCUUUACCAGACCUCUCUGUGCUUUACAAUGCUUCCCUAUGCUUUACCACACCUCUCUGUGCUUUACAAUGCUUCCCUAUGCUUUAUCAGACCUCUAUGUGCUUUACAAUGCUUCCCUAUGCUUUACCAGACCUCUCUGUGCUUUACAAUGCCUCCCUAUGCUUUACCAGACCUCUCUAUGCUUUACAAUGCUUCCCUAUGCUUUACAAUGCUUCCCUAUGCUUUACCACACCUCUCUGUGCUUUACAAUGCUUCCCUAUGCUUUACCAGACCUCUCUGUGCUUUACAAUGCUUCCCUAUGCUUUACCAGACCUCUCUGUGCUUUACAAUGCUUCCCUAUGCUUUACCAGACCUCUCUGUGCUUUACAAUGCUUCCCAAUGCUUUACCAGACCUCUCUGUGCUUUACAAUGCUUCCCUAUGCUUUACCAGACCUCUCUGUGCUUUACAAUGCUUCCCUAUGCUUUACCAUGCUUUCACUGUGCUUUGUUACACCUGUUUUAACUAUGGGAAACCUUUUUGAUAUUUAGAGUCAUUUUGACACCAAGCUUGAUAUGUCUUCAUCACUUUGCAUCUAACUUCCUGUGGGGUAGACUAGACUUCACAUCAUACCACAGGAGAUUGCAGCUUCCUCAUUAUUUUAUCUCAGAAAAAACACCCUGUUGAUAUUUCACAGCACAAGAUACCAAUACUGCUGUGAUGCCUUUAAAGAGCACAGCGUUUUUAUAUCUCCUUCAGUCACUGUGUGUUUAAUUGUACAGUGUUAAGUUAAUCUGUGUGUCUAUUUUAUAAUGCAUGCAUGUUUUGUUGUGUAUUCAAAGUUUUGCAAAAUUGUGACCGAAAGGUACAUAUAUAUGGGAGUUGCAGUGAAUCAAGGGCAGUGCAUUAGGUCUAGUAACAAAAAUGCAGUCCCUCAUCCUUAAUGAUAAGAUCCGGUAUAUUUUUGCUUACAAAUUAACGCCUGACCAGAGUAACUAUUAAGAAAUACAGCAGUAAACAAUGCAUUCACUGAAUCAAUGUGGUGUUUCUUACAGACAGCUAUGUUUGAGAGCUCUAUUGAGAACACAGUGGCAGUCUAAGACUCUUCAGAUUGAACAGGGAUAUUGCACAUAUCCCAUCACUAAUAAUAAUAAUAAUAAUAAUAAUAAUAAUAAAAAUAAUAAUAAUAAUAAUAAUAAUAAUAAUAAUAAUAAUACACUAAAUAUAGAAAAAUGCCAGUGUCAUGGUUCGCAUGUCCGGUUACAUGAAGAAAUUAAUUUCUCGGAGAAAAGUGCUGUGUGUCGCAAGACUUCUCUGAGCCUGUGGCUCAUCGCUGACACCACAGCGGGAAGACUUCCUGUCAAUAACUGUCAUCUUUUCUGGUUUGAUUUUACUUGCCUGCAAAGGAAAAAAAAAAAAGCUUCUUCCCUUUAUAAAAGCCAGCCAUAGUAAAAACACAGCAAAGUCUGAUUCCCAUCCCUGUGAUGUUCUGUGAGACAGUGUCAAUACAGAGAUCAAUACAAUAUAAUACAGAGAUCAACAGGGAUGGGAAUCAGACUCCUGUCCGAUUGCAUAGCCGUUUCACCCAUUCCAGGUUUUACUACCAGCUGGCUUGAUCAGCCACAGUGUGUAACAAGCUCAGUGUGUGUCUUAUUAAACUCCUAGUAAAACCAGGAAUGGAUCACACUGCUGUGCAAGGGGAGUCUUAUUUCCAUCCCUACUAGUUUAUAUACACAACAUAAUACAGUCAUCUCCCCUUGGAAGCACAAUUGCAAGAAUUUGUAAGAAUGUUUUAAUCUGCAGGGCAGCAGUGUGGAGUAGUGGUUAGGGCUCUGGACUCUUGACCGGAGGGAUGUGGGUUCAAUCCCCAGUGGGGGACACUGCUGUUGCACCCUUGAGCAAGGUACUUUACCUAGAUUGCUCCAGUAAAAACCCAACUGUAUAAAUGGGUAAUUGUAUGUAAAAAUAAUGUGAUGUCUGUAUAAUGUAUAAUGUGAUAUCUUGUAACAAUUGUAAGUCGCCCUGGAUAAGGGCGUCUGCUAAGAAAUAAAUAAUAAUAAUAAUAAUAAUAAUUUGUGUGUGUUCUGUAUUCAUCAUGAAGAUAAUUGCUCAUUGAAUGGCCUAGCUUCUAUUGUGCUUGUUCUUGUGUGUGUGACAAAAUAAUAACAAAACAACAUUU